GUAUGAAGGCCUCUGAUUGGAGGAGCAUGAUGCGGGGAGGAGAGGAACAUCUCAAGUUGGGACUCCAGAGCCUUGAUUUGCUCCCAGAGCGCUCCAGUUUCUGGUCCUUUGGCUUCGGUCUGAGAUCCAGUUCAGUUCACCAUACACCCGUCACUGAACUUAGACCUGUCACCCGUCACUGGACUCGGACCUGUCACUGGAUCGGACCUGUCACCCGUCACUGGACUCGGACCUGUCACCCUUCACUGGACUAGGACCUGUCACCCGUCACUGGACUCGGUCAUCAGUACACCAGGCCAGAUCACAGAAGAGGUUGAACUAUGGAGCUCAAUAAUUUAGUUGACACGACCUCCACCCACUCGCCCUUCAUCGUUGGAACCAUCUCCAUCAUUACCUUCCUCAUCGUGUUCCACAUCCUUAGAAUCAUCUUCACUAUAAUGUCGGAUGGCAGCAUCAUCCCGUCUUGGAUGCAGAUAUACUUACCUUCUUUUUACCAUAGACUGGCUGCAGACAACUCGAAGGAAAUUGAGACACUCAAGUCACUUGUGGACACGAUGAAGACUCUGGAAAAAGAGCAUUUGGAAAGGAUGAAGACUCUGGAAGAAGAACGUCGAGACAAGAUGAAGGCUCUGGAGGAGCGUCUGGACAAUCAGAUUGCAGAAACUGCAAACAACAAAAAGAAAAUUGAGACUCUGGAAGAACAUCUAGACACAAUGAAAACCUUGGAAAAAGAACGGCUGGACACGACAAAGACUCUGGAAGAAGAAUGUCUAGACAAGAUGAAGGCUCUGGAAGGACGUCUGGACACGAUGAAAAAUCUGGAAGAAGACCGUUUUGACAAGAUAAAGACUCUGGAAGAGCGUCUGGACAAUCAGAUUACAGAAACUGCAAACAACAAAAAGGAAAUUGAGACUCUGGAAGAACAUCUAGACACAAUGAAAACCUUGGAAAAAGAACGUCUGGACACGAUGAAGACUCUGGAAGAUGAACGUCUGGACAAGAUUAAAACUCUGGAAGAAGAACGUCUGGACAAGAUAAAGACUCUGGAAGGAUGUUUGGACAAUCAGAUUGCAGAAGCUGCAAACAACAAAGAGGAAAUUGAGUCUCUGGAAGAACGCCUGGACAAAAUGAAGACUCUGGAAGAUGAACGUCUGGACAAUAUUAAAACUCUGGAAGAAGAACGUUUGGACAAGAUAAAGACUCUGGAAGGACGUCUGGACAAUCAGAUUGCAGAAGCUGCAAACAACAAAGAGGAAAUUGAGUCUCUGGAAGAACGCCUGGACAAAAUGAAGACUCUGGAAGAAGAACGCCUGGACAAAAUGAAGACUUUGGAAAAAGAACGUCUGGACAUGAUGAAGACUCUGGAAGAAGAACGCCUGGACAAAAUGAAGACUCUGGAAGAAGAACGUCUGGACACGAUGAAGACUCUGGAAGAAGAACGUCUGGAUACGAUGAAGACUCUGGAAGAAGAACUUCUGGAUACGAUGAAGACUCUGGAAGAAGAACGUCUAGACAAGCUGAAAACUCUGGAAGAACGUCUAGACAAUCAGAUUGCAGAAACUGCAAAAAACAAAAAAGAAAUUGAGACUCUGGAAAAAGAACGUCUGGACAAGAUGAAGACCCUGGAACAAGAACGCCUGGACACUAUGAAGACUCUGGAAGAGCGUCUGGACAAUCAGAUUGAAAAAACUGCAAACAACAAAAAGGAAAUUGAGACUCUGGAAGAACAUCUAGACACAAUGAAAACCUUGGAAAAAGAACGUCUAGACACGAUGAAAACUCUGGAAGAUGAACGUCUGGGCAAGAUUAAAACUAUGGAAGAAGAACAUCUGGACAAGAUAAAUACUCUGGAAGGACGUCUGGACAAUCAGAUUGCAGAAGCUGCAAACAACAAAAAGGAAAUUGAGAUUCUGGAAGAACGCCUGGACAAAAUGAAGACUCUGGAAGAAGAACGGCUGGACAAGAUGACGACUUUGGAAAAAGAACGCCUGGACAAAAUGAAGACUUUGGAAGAAGAACAUCUGGACAAAAUUAAGAAUCUGGAAAAACGUCUGGACAAAAUGACGACUCUGGAAGAAGAACGUCUGGACACGAUGAAGACUCUGGAAGAAGAGCGUCUGGACACGAUGAAGACUCUGGAAGAACGUCUGGACAAUCAGAUUGCAGUCAACAAAAAGGAAAUUGAGAUUCUGGAAGAACGUCUGGACACGAUGAAGACUCUGGAAAAAGAACGUCUGGACACGAUGAAGACCUUGGAAGAACGUCUGGACUUUAUGAAGACUCUGGAAAAAGAACGUCUUGACACGAUGAAGACCCUGGAAGAACGUCUGGACAAUCAGCUUGCCAUAAAAAAAAAAGGAAAUUGAGACUUUGGAAGAACGUCUGGACACGAUGAAGACUCUGGAACAACGUCUGGACACAAUGAAGACUCUGGAAAAAGAACGUCUGGACACGAUGGAGACUCUGGAAGAACGUCUGAACACAAAGAAGACUCUGGAA